CUGCUGUGUUUUACCUUCACAACGUUAUCAGUUUCCUUUCAUAGAAGAGAAGCAGUUUUCCAUUUUGACUGUCGCAUGUUUUAGUUUACACAGUUAUAUAAUUUUGUUUCGAUUAGGCGUAUUCGUGGUGUAUUAUCUGCUGGACUAACUAGCGUUUGGAGCGGAAUGGCGGAGUCGAGCGCCAGGUAUCAGCAGCUGCCCAACGAGGAGGACAGCGAGGAGAGCCCCCAGGUUGCAGCUGAAGCUCCUCCUCCAUACAGCAGCAUCGCAGCGGAAAGUCCUGCCUACUUUGACUGCAAGGAAGACGGGGUUUUCCCUAAGCCUCCAUCCUACAACGUAGCAACGACGCUCCCUUCCUAUGACGAAGCAGAAAGAACUAAAGCGGAGACCUCUGCUCCCCAGGUGACUGGAAGACAACCUCAUCACAGAGAACGCCUGGAGACUUUUGACGAUAUUAUUCACAGUUCACUGGAGGAUGAAGACUUCGUCACCAGAGAUGAUUUUGAUGAUGCUGAUCAACUGAGAAUUGGAAAUGAUGGCAUCUUCAUGCUCACGUUCUUCAUGGCCUUCCUGUUCAACUGGAUCGGCUUCUUCUUGUCUUUUUGUCUGACCACUUCGGCGGCCGGACGCUAUGGGGCCAUCUCUGGCUUCGGACUCUCCCUCAUCAAAUGGAUUCUCAUCGUCAGGUUCUCCACAUACUUCCCGGGUUACUUUGAUGGACAGUACUGGCUGUGGUGGGUGUUUCUGGUAUUGGGCUUCUUGCUCUUCUUCCGCGGAUUCAUCAAUUAUGCCAGGAUCCGCAAGAUGGCCGACACUUUCUCCACUUUGCCCCGCACCCGAGUCCUGUUCAUCUACUAAGCCCACAAAGAAUCAGUAUUUCUUAUGUUUCAUGUUUGUUUCUACCAUGACAAACCGUCAGAAAGGGUAAGGAGGAGUGUAUUUUCUCUCAUGAAACAAAUUGAACAGAUUGUCUUUAGUCUCCCCUCUCCCCUUCUUUUUUUGGCGUUAAACAGUAAAUACAGAGAACUCUCUAUGGCACUUCAGCUUUUGAUGGUGAACUGUGAAGUGCUCUCUAUAAUUAUGAAAUUUCCAAAUGAAUGCCUUACUCAGUUUUGUUGCAGAAGUUAUCUCUUUUGCCACCAGGGGGCACUAUUGUAUGUGUUAUUUUCCCUCAAAUUACUGCCCUUUAGUGCAGAAGAGACUGAACAACAACCCAGGUCUCUGUGGGUGAUUUGCAGGUUAUGGAUUGAUUCAUGCAAAAUGAGACGAUUUACUUCAGCUUAAUAUGCUUUUAAAUUCUCCAAUCAGUGCUGUUUGUUGCUAAUGAAAUAAUAAACAAUGCAGUAGAUAUAAAGGGAAAAGUUGUUUUUUUUGGUUCAGCUGCUAAGAGGACCAAAGAGGGUCAGCUGUCACAUUUUACCAUAAAGAUUUAUUUUUCAUGCAUUCACAAAUUGUCGGUGUAUUUGUUUUCUUAUUUUAUUACCUGCUGAAAUGUUGAUCACAGAAAAAGCUUUUUGGAUACGAUUAUAACUGUUCUCUGGAUGUGGAUGUGCAAUGUUACAUUUCAAACUAAUAAAUUACUCCAACCAAUUAGA